AUGCCCGCUGAUCAUGAGCCUGCUCUAGCUGACCCAGAGCCGGAUAUUGCACCAGAGCCUGUUAUUGCUCACGACCCUUUACCUGUGCACGACCCUAUCCCCGUUGAUGCACCAGUUAUUGCACCACCAGUUGUUGAUAUUCCAGUUAUUGCACCACCAGUUGUUGAUGUUCCUGUUGUUGUUGCACCACUGCCCGACCCGACCCCUGUGUUUGUUGACCGUGCACCUUUUGCCACACACGUUGAUCCUAGAUAUGCUGACACCCGUAAUGGGUGGAUUGAGGAUGACGAUUAUCCUCCUUUUGUUCGACUAGUCACUCCCCCUGCUACACCUGUUUAUGCACAUGUUGAUGUCCCACAGUAUCACCCUCACAUGUCAGACGUUCACCGCAUGGAUUUACCCAUCACUUUUCUCCAGGACAUUCCUCCUCCCCGUCCAGGGGAAGGACCUUCUACUCAGCAGCACGAUCACAUGCCACCUAUGACAGCAACCUUUCCAUUUAUGCCCCCUUUUGUACCUGCUGCACACACUGCUUUCUCUUCUUCAGCACCCAUGGGCGAGCCAUUUAUGUGGUCUUCGCCCAAUGUCAUGCCUUUGUCAGAUCCAUACCAUCCUUUUCAUGUUGGGUAUACGGCGGAUGAUAUACUUCUAUCCUUGCAGUUACAGCAGGAUAUGUUGAGCCGGAGAGUCGCUGAGCUCGAGAGGAUCCCGCGUCCUCCAUCUUUUGCUGAUCCAUCACAGUCUGCUUUUCCACCCGCUCCACUCUUUCCUUAUCCAGAUUUUUACAUCUGA